UACACGUGCACAAUAUGGUGCAACAUUCCUAUGUUUGUCACUUGUGUUUAUAGUUACGGUGAAUUUUUAGCGCACAAAUAACCUUUGACUACUCAUGGCGUCCCCCGCUAUACUAAACGACAGCGAUGACGAUGACGUUUUCGCGGAAGCCUUCGCGCGUUUUAAAUACAAAAAUGCCUUCGAUGAAGACACAUGGGAAGAGGAGUUUGAUAAAAUACCCAUGUUCAUGAAAACAGUACCCGAGGAGAUUGACCCCAAAGAAUAUCCAGAGCUAGCUCAUAUCCAGGCUAUUAUCCACGAUGAAGAUAGGACCCCAGAAGAAAAAGCACAAAGUUUAAAGAAUGAGGGCAAUGAAUUUUUCAAAGAGAAGAACUACCUAAAGGCUAUCGUGGCAUACACAGCCGCUUUGAAGAAUAAAUGUGGUGACCAAGACCUGGAUACUGUUCUUCUCACCAACCGAGCAGCGGCACACUUUCAUCUUGGCAACAUGCGAUCUGCACUGAAUGACGCCGCAGCCGCAAAGAAGGUCAAACCAGGGCAUCUUAAAGCCUUAAUUAGAGGUGCUCAGUGUUGCAUUGAGUUGCGCAACUUUGUGACAGCCAUUCAGUGGUGUGAAGAGGGUCUUAAAGCUCAUCCUACAGACAAGAAGUUGCAGGACCUGAGAGCAGCAGCAGACAAACACAAGAGGGCAGCAGAGAGAGAUGCAAGAAAGGCCAAGGUCAAAGAAAAUAAGUUGAAUAAUGAGAAAGAGGCUCUUAUGGCUGCUAUCAAGGAGCGAGGCGUCAAGCUCCUCCAGCCUGUGAAGCCUCGUCAGUCGGGUUCAGAUGGGGAAGAUGACGACGAAGGGUCUUCGACUGCAGUAGCCGAGCUGAGCCUGGACGGUCUCAGCUCACACAAGGCCACGGGGGCUCAGGUCUUCCUGGACGAACAGAAUUCGCUGCAUUGGCCUGUGCUCUUCCUCUAUCCGGAACAUCAGCAGAGUGACUUCAUUUCUGCUUUCUGUGAGAGCAACAGUUUUUUAGAUCACUUUGCCGUCAUGUUUGGCGAAGAACUCCCACCGUGGGACGUGGACCGAAAAUAUCACCUUCAAAAUUUGCAGCUGUUCUUUGAGGAUGAGGAGAGGGAGACGCUCUACAAAGUUGACCCAGAAACAACACUUUUAAAAGUGUUGCAACACAAAAGGUUUUUUGUCAAGGUGGGUACGCCCAGGUUCAUCAUUUUGGUGAACGGCUCGUCAUUCUGGAAGCAGUAUUUAACAGGAAAGAAAAUGCAAGCAUUGUAAAUACUUUAAAAAAAAAAUAUGAUUAUUCUAUAUGGAAAUUCUCUCACAAGCCCAAAGACUUUAUUUGCUGUAACAAAAUUGGCUCUGUUGUGGGAAUGGGAGGAAAAGCCACAGUCGGGGUCACCAACCCUUUUGAAACCGAGCGUUGCUUCUUUAAUACUGAUUAAUGCAAGGGGAAACCAGUUUGUAAUACACACUUCCGAAAUGUGAUCGGAUUACCUUUAAUUAUGUUAUUAUUCAUAAUUAUAUUCAUCGAUGUAAAGACACGGCUCAUGUUAAUGAAUGAUCACUAUUUAUCAGCAAUGAUUUUAAAAGGUAGGAAAGGGAUAAAUAUCAAUAUGCAGCACCUUAUUUCUCCACAUUUCUGUAUGCUUUUGCAUUUUCAAAUGAUCAUGUCUUCAACAGUCCUUGGUAAUUACAAUGUCCCAUCGCUGGUGAGUAUAGAUCGGGCCUGCGGACUACUCAUGUGGUCCUUGGGGUCUAUCUGGUGCCACCAUGUUGGUGACCCCUGGGCUACAUUAUGAUAGGAGCUCUUUAACAACUCGUUGUAGCUUCAGCAAAGCAUUUCUAAUGAAAACCACACUCAGUAUAAUAUAGAGCUUGGCCAAGGUCAAGCAAUUAUAUGUAUACCGCCAUACAAUUGGGUCUAGAAGUACCGUAUUUAUGCCAUGACAGCUUUUAUGAUUUUACUAAAUUGAUCUGAAAUAAAACAA